UCUUUUCGCACCUCUGUAGACAAGCAAACGCACGCACUUCCAUCUCCUCUACCUAAGUCGCCCUCACCAGCCACCAGCCCGUCCAUCAAUCCACAGACAGCCUCAUGUCCAAAAAGUCCAUCGAUAAUAAGGCUUGACAAUCUAUCCGUGGUCAGACAACGCCUUGCACAGAUGGAAGGCUCGUCUCCACAUGCACGGAGUGCGUCGAGGGAGCUAGAGACUAGGACCAACGCAUCCACAACUCCGAAGUCCACUCGGAUUAAGCGCGCCUUCCAGGAGAUCGACGAACUAGAGGAGAAGUAUAAUUCAGAGAAAGAGAGGUCCGAUGGUCUUCUAAAGAAGCCGGCGCUCCCUCCUUUAGUGAUUCCUGACUUCCGGUUGCAGUCCUCUCUCACUACUGUUCAGACGCUACGAGUUUCAUCACCAUCACUCAGCACAAGGGAGGAUAGCGCCGGUCCAGUAUCUGAUAGUGCAGCGAAGAUAAUCUCAGCACCGCGUCACUUUAGCCCUGAUAUGUCACUGAAAGUUGAGUUGUUGCAGAAGCUAAUGGAGCAGGCGUCCGACCAGCGGUACCAUCAAAGUCGCGGUAUUGUAGAGCUUGUCGGCCACUUGCGGGAAGAUGUCCAGAGCCUGCCCGAAGUUUUAGGGAAGUUAAUUGGUACGGUCGACGCUGGCGAUAGCAAUUCUUCUGUCCACCUCGUGGAGACUUUGCACGCAAUCGAAUCCCGCCUCAUCGAAACCCUGGCAAAUUCCGAGAAGGCCCAAAGUGUGACUGUGACCCAGCAAGCGGAUGAAACCAGGGCGAAGAUCGACUCGGUAAUGGCAGAUGUACUCCAGCGCUUAACCAUUCUCCAGGGAUUCGCCACACGAACCUCAGUCCAGGAUGCAGAUAACGGCAUGAUGACCAUGAAAGACCUUCCUGAGCCCCCUGCUGCGGGCGUUGACGCAAACAAUAUCACCGGAACUAACCACGAUGCUCGACAUGAUCUCACAGGGAUUCGGGACAAGUUAGACAACCUACUUGAGCUCGUCAAGACUAAAUGCACUGCGUCCGAGACAGAACGAGGUCAGGCAAGUGGUGCCCCUGAGGCGAUCUCGAGCGACAACCUCCCCGGCCCAUGCGGAGAACAGCGUAUAGCUCCAAGAAAUCCUGGAUCAUUUGAAGGAAGAGGGUGAACGAGCCAAAUACCAGGAAGAACAACAAUCUGAGAGCUUACGCUAUUUAAACGAGUUAAACUCGUGGCUCGACACAUUCGUCAACAAUGGGACUACUCAGAUCCAAUCUAUUGCAACAACCAUGCAGAGGUUAAGCGAGGAAUUGGGGUGUGAGAAUAUACAACCCAGUGAUGGUCAGGCCGAGGGACAAAAAGCAGGACUCUUGAUCAC